AUGGGAACACCAGCUCGUCUUUUCGCUCUUUCCUUCCUUGUCAUCCAUGCCAGCGCUGAGGUGCCCGAUCCAACCAUCACGGAGGCUCCCAGCACGUUCGAAUUGGUUGCUCGGCAGAACCAACAGUCGUCUAAUUUCCUCGGCUACACCGUAGACUCCACGGGAGGCUAUGAUAGAAUCACAUGCGGAUCCGGUUCGACCUUUGCGAUUUCCUCGAGUUUGGCAGGAUGUGCGCGCACGUCUGCCCCAGGUUUACCUACUAGUUGUCGAAGCAGCUCGACACUCAUCUACGCUACCGGUUCAGCCCUGUGUCCCUCCAACUUGCCCGUGUGCGGCUUCCAUUUCAUAUACACCGACCUAGACGACCAGGCACCAUUUACGAGAGUCGGCUGUGCCAAGGUUCCGAAUCCCAUUCGCUACUAUCGAACAACGACAGGCUCUCGCUCCUCGACUAGGAUCACAACAACGAGAUCAUCUACGUCGAGAACCACGUCGAGAACCACGGCGAGAAUCUCGUCAACGAGCGGAAUAGAAUCCACAACCUUCGAGACGUCUACAAUUUCAAGCACAUCAUCCGAAAACCCCACCAGUAGCGAAACAGACUCCGUUGCCGACGACGUAAACGAACCCCUGCCUGAGCAGCCCGCCAGUCUUGCAUGGAUCGCCGGCCCCAUCGUCGGCGGGAUUGCCGGCCUCGUCAUCAUCGGCCUGCUGGUUUGGAUCAUCAAGCUUUUACGGAGGAGGAGCGCCGCCCGACAGGAUGCUGCCAUCACGCCUGCCGGCCCACAACAAUCGCCGCAGGUGGAAAAGUUUGUCGCUGCGUCGCCGAAUCCCACCGUCUCCCAGCCAUCACCGGCACCGCCGUAUACGUCCCCAAGAUCCUCGCAGUGGACCAACUCUGCCGAGUUGCCUGCUUUCCGGGUUUCAUCGCCGCCGACGGAACUGGCUGGGAGUGGACAAUGGGGUAGCGAGUUGCCAGGAGACGCAAUUAGGAGAGGGUAG